UACCACAUUUCGACAACAAUUUAGAACACAAUCAUGUUUCUAAUUGCCCCAAACUCCUUCAGCUGUUUCCCAACAACAAAUCUAUCUUUCGAAAAAUCUAAUUCCCAAAAUCCAAGGGUUUCUUUUGUCCAGAAAUAUUCGAACAACAAGUUUCGAUCAUCGAGAAAGAUGUGGGAAUUGGGUGUCAAUUUUAAUGGUUAUCCCUAUUUCACUUCUCCCCGACACCCUCUCGAGUCAGAACUGUCGCUGGGGGCAGCGACACAAGUCGAUAGCAAUGGUGUUGGGAUCGAAAACUUCUUUCAAGGGAAGAACAUUUUAAUCACUGGUGCAACUGGUCUUGUUGGAAAAGCUUUGGUCGAAAAAUUGUUGAGGUCGACUUCAGUCGAUAAAAUCUACGUGCUCAUAAAGGCAGAUGAUAAUGAGGGUGCAGCUGAUAGAUUGUCUAAAGAAAUUAUGUACUCGAACUUAUUCGAAACUCUACAAGAAAAAUAUGGAAGCUCAUACAAAGAAUUUGCGCGAGAGAAGUUGAUACCGGUGGUCGGGAACAUUUGCGAGCCAAAUCUUGGAAUGGAUACAAAAUCUGCACAAACACUUAUGGAUAAUGUUGAUGUAAUAAUAGCAUCUGCAGCAAGCACAACUCUAAAUGCGAGGUAUGAUGAGCUAAUAAACGAGAAUACAAUCGCGCCUCAACGCCUCCUAAGGUUCGCUAAGAGGUGCAAGAACCUCAAAGUUUUCGUGCACAUGUCAACCGCAUAUGUUAAUGGAAGAAGAGAAGGUGUAAUUUAUGAAACACCGUGGAUUAUGGGCGAAAACGCAAGAAAGGUGGACGAGGAGAUGCCUUCUUCGGCAUUUCCCCGGUUAGAUCUAUCCGAUGAGAUAAAUCUAGCGACGAAAACUUGUAUGGGCCUAUCGGAUCACGAUGCCACGAAAGCAUUGAGAAGGCUAGGCCAAGAGAGGGCAACAUUCUACGGAUGGUACAAUGCAUACCAUUUAACCAAGGCCAUGGGAGAAAUGGUGCUUGAAGAAUCGAGAGGAGACGUGCCGGUUCUCAUCAUCAGGCCAUCCGUGAUCGAGGGUAGCUACAAAGAUCCUAUUCCUGGAUGGAUACAAGGAAAUAGAAUGUACGAUCCGGUGAUUAUUUCUUACGGAAAAGGGUUGCUUCCUGGCUAUUUGGCUGACCCCGAAGCUCAUGUCGACAUUGUCCCGGUUGACAUGGUAGUAAAUACAACAGUCGCAGCCGCUGCGAAGCAUGGGAUUAUUAGCAAGCCCGGAUUGAAUGUGUACCAUGCGACGACUGACUUUGUGAACCCUCUACAAUAUUCGGACUUCUUCAACCAUAUGCACGAGCACUUCAGUAAAUACCCUUUAACCAAAUCGAAAGCUGUCAAUAAAAUGGAAUUCUUCGAUGAAUUCAAUAACUUCUCUAAACACAUACGACAAGAAUUAUCAGAACAGUCGGGGAUGAGCCACAUUAUUGGCCUAAAUGGGAACUCACCUCAAAGUCGCCUUCAAAAGCAAUACAAGGCUAAGGUCAUGUACGCCGAGCAAUUAUGCAAGAUGUAUGAAUUCGCCGGCUUCUUUAAAGCGAGGUUCCAUUCGGGGAAUACGAGGAAGUUAUUAGAGGAAAUGUCUGAAGAGGAGCGACGUAACUUUGAAGUUGAUGCGACGAAAAUAGACUGGCGAAAGUACUUGGUAGAAGCUCACAUCCCUGGAUUAAGAAAACAUGUUCUUCAUGAAUCAAAAAUAUCAGUCUAAAACUACAUUGUUCGAUUACUGUAAGAUAAUUGGUUAGGAAGAAUGUGGAAAUAAUGUUGAAGCUUUGUGUGUUCCAACACUAUUCUGUAUGUAUUAAGUUGGAAAUUAAUUCCAAUAUUUUCAUGAUUGUGUAAUAUAUUUUCAUGUCUA